CGCGCGGCAAGUUCAUCAGUGUGCGGCCGGCUUUACAUUCUUGUUGUUUUACAUGUCGUGUCCAUGAUCAUGUGUUAAAAUAAUUAAAAUGGCCGACGAAUAAAGUUAGAAACAUAGUCUGAAAUUACCAGAAAUCACUUCAGAAGUGGGACAGUUUUCUAAGGCUGGUGAUUGUGUUUAGCCAACGACACUGAUGGAUAAUAAGGCGGAGAAAGAUUCAUCAGUGGCUAAUGGCAAUGAACAGUCAAUCAAAGAAACUAAUACUGCUGGUUUACCUACAGUGCUUCUUCACAAUAUGAUGCAAAAGCUUAUAAGGAUGCAGGUUGCAGAUGUUUUGAAAAACAUUUUGCUUAGGUAUCCUGAUGGUGGACAAAUACGUAAGGACUAUUCCAAGAAAGACUUUAUAUUCCAAGACCUGAUAAAUUUUCAAAGAAUUGAUAGAUGUCCUACAAUUUAACACAUAUUCCAAGAGCAGUUCUUUUUGCUGCUUUGGGUCAACGACUUCCUGAUCCAAUGGCUCAGCAAAUAUCCUUGGUGCUAGAGUGCUUGUCCAUAACAUGUAGAAAGCAGGCCCUGGUGCAGACUGAAAUAGAAAAAACAUAACCAAUGACUAGAAUGAAUGUUUCCUCUUCAAUUGCUUGUGUUUACGUUCAAACACUACGAACUAUUAAAAUAAGAAUAAUUUCAUUACCGUGGCGGCCGCCAUUAUUUUGAUAUAAAAAGCUAACGUUUCUUUAUUUCCUUGCAAUAUUUCUUUCCUUCCUUUGGUCGGCUGCUUGCCUUUUGUGGCUUAAAAUUUCAUAAAGCAUCCUGUUGUUGACUAUCGUCUUAUUAAAAAAUUCAUUUAUAUUUCAUAUAAACAAAACCUUACCGCCAUGUUUCCUAGUUCGUUACCAAUCUCUUUAUCUAGCGCAAAUGGAAAGUGACUUAUGAAUAUGAAACACUGUACAAGCACGUGCUUUGACAGAAUCGACACAUCCCAUGGAAGGUGAGUACGUAAGUACUUUACGUCGUCUCUUUGAAGGCUUACCUGCAGCAAUUGUUCUUCACAAAUGAAGUGAAUUGUGAGAGGAUGCCGGUUACAGGUAGAUUUUUUGGUCAGGAACGACCUCCAUUGACAGAUAUUUUAAAAAACAUUUUGCUGAGGUAUCCUGAUGGUGGACAAAUACUUAAGGAACUAAUUCAAAAUGCUGAUGAUGCGGGUGCAAGAGAUGUGAAGAUUUUAUUUGAUGCAAGCUCAUUUGGCACGUCAUCUUUGGUUUCACAAAACUUAGAAUUAUUUCAGGGAUCUGCAUUAUAUUUCUUCAAUAAUGCAUUGUUUACUGAAGAUGAUUGGAAGGGCCUUCAGCGUCUCAUGCGUAGUAACAAGAAAGAUAAUCCUUUGAAAGUGGGUCGGUUUGGAAUUGGAUUUAAUUCUGUUUACCACAUUACAGAUCUUCCCAGUAUUGCGAGUGGCAACAGAAUUGCCUUCCUAGACCCACACGAGAAGUAUUUUGUACGUGGUGAACCUGGGCAAGCAUUUUCUUUGGAAGAUCCAUUACUUGACGAACAUUUUGACCAAUUUCAUCCAUUUCACAAAAUUUUGGAGUGUGAUCUAAGUCAAGGUAUUCACCAUUAUGACGGAACGCUCUUUCGCUUUCCUUUACGAACUCAACCAUCGGAGCUGUCUCAAAAGAUCUAUACCAAAGAAAUGGUUAUGUCUCUUUUUGAGUCUUUUCGAAAUGAAGCUCAUGCUAUACUUCUCUUUCUGAAGAACAUUGAAUCCAUAAGUCUUUAUGAACGGGAAAAUCAUGGCGAGAUCGUCCAUCUUUUUACUGCUAAAAUAUCUGAAGAGUCAAGAAAUGAAGUAAGAAAAAGUAGACUGGAAUUGAUUCAGGAUAUCUCUGUCGACUGGAAUUUUGCUGCGAGAAUGACUUUUCAUCGCAUGAAAAUUGAAAUACACUGUCCUGAUAAAGAAAUUGAAAUAAAAGAAUGGUUUUUGGCAAAUCAAGUCGGCACCAGAAAUGAGCAACUUAUUGAGCUUGCAAAUAAUUUAAAGCUACUACCUUGGAUUGGCAUCGCUUUUCCUGUAGAUAUCAAUAACAACGACUUAUCUUUUCUUGGAAGAAUUUUCUGUUUUCUACCUCUUCCACCCGAAUCAAGAACAGGUUUGCCAGUUCAAGUAAACGGUUACUUUGGACUUACUGACAACAGAAGAGCUUUGAAAUGGCCCGGACCUGAUUGCCUAAACGACGAAACAGCCCAAUGGAACCAGCUUCUUCUGAAAGACAUUGGAAGUCAUGUUUAUGCUAGUCUUAUUGUGAACAUUGUGAGAGAUUGCCAUGGAAAAUAUUUGCCAGAAUUGACCGCCAAGAUUGUAUAUGCCUCUUUGCCCGCGCUUGAUGAUGUCCGACCUGAAUGGAAGUGUAUCAUACAACCAUUACUUUGUUCAGUUUUAGUCGAGAAGAUAUUUUUUACCAUGCCAAUAAAUGGCUAUCGUUGGGUGGAUCUUGGAGAAGCUGUACUCAACCGUUUGAAUGUUAGAGAAGAAAUGAAAGAUGCCGUUUUGUUUACAUUACUCAGCGCUGGAGAACCUGUCAUUACAGUACCUCAACAUGUACUUCAAGCAAUCGAUGAAUUUCAUGAAAAAUGUGGUUGGCAAUGCCUUAAAAAUGUCACCCCAGAGUAUUUGUGCAACGUGCUACGUUCGUAUUCUCAAUUUCAUGGCAAUGAGAUAAGUUUUGAAAAGAAAUUGCUUUUAUUGGAGUAUGUGUUGUUAAAUGUUCCUGAUAACAUUAAAGAUCUUUGGGAUGUAGCUCUUCUUCCAUUGGAAAAUGGAAAUUUCCUGACUUUCUCGCGUACAAACGUGGACAAAAUCUUCAUUUCAUCUCAUCGCCAUAGUGCCGAUCUCCUACCAAAUAUGAAGCACCGCCUUUUAUUGAGUAGUCUUCCCCGUGAAGUGAAGAUAAAACUUGAUGAAGUUGGUAGAUCUCAAUACACCCAAUUACGUCAUCCUACUCCCGAAGACAUCAAGCAUUUACUGUGGCAAAACUUUCCCCUUGAUUGGGCAAACGACUCUUACAGCAAACCAGAAUCUGUCUAUUGGAAUCCAGAGAUUGAAGGGCAACCCACACGAUCUUGGUUAGAACUGGUAUGGAAGUGGAUUAACGAUAAUUAUCCUGAUCGUCUUAACGAGUUUCAAGAAAUGUACCUUAUUCCUGUGACAUGGACUGUUCCAUGCAAAAUGGCAAAGCUGUCUUACCAUUCAUCCAUCAUUCUUGAUAAACAUCCUUCGUGUUUCAAUACACUCUCUAAUAAAGUUAGCGAUCUUUUAAAACGUUCAGGUUGUAUUGUGGUGCAAGAAUUACCAUCUUUUGUGAAACAUAAUCAACUUCUACAAUAUGUAUCUCUACCUACACCCAACGGGAUCCUGGAAGUUAUGCAUCGUGUUGGAAAAAAUGUAAAUGAUCAACUUUCUAUGAUGUCAAAUGAAAUUCAAGACGAAAUCUGUUCCAUAUUUUCUAAGCUGGAUAAUAUUAAAAUGUAUCAUGUAUCAUUCAUUCAGUCUUUACCCAUAUUCCAAGCACUAGAUGGAAGCAACUAUCUCUCCUGCAUUGACUCGAACGGACAAUUUUACCUGGUUGCGCCUCGCGAUCUGUUGUUGCCUAAGACUUUUCAUUUUAUUAAUCGAGAAAAAAUUAUAUCAUCUUCAAAGAUAGAGAGUUAUAGUCUUUUAUUGAAACUUGGCGUGAAGGUGGAAAGUAAUGCAAGUUUACUCAUGCAUAACUUGGAAACUUUUUUGGAUUCUGACUCGAGUGAUGAUUAUAAAGAUGACGUGGUACUUUGGAUUUUACAGAAAAUUGAGAUGCUGAUACAGGAAACACCUGCGUUCCUAAAGUUUAUUCGUAGAGUACAUUCCAUUCCAACGGCAAGCGGACGAAGAAUGCCACCAAGCUCACUUUUUGACCAUUCUGACAACAUUUUAAUAAGGUUGUUUUCCAACGAUCAAAGCGUCUUUCCAACAGAUCAUUUCUCACAUAUAGUCAACAAACGCAAACAGGAACUUAAAAUUCGACGCCGAGAUGAUUUAAAACCCGAUGAUAUUUUGGAUUUACUGAGAAAGCGCUCUUCGAUUUCUUCGGAUCAAGGUCUGGCGCUUGUUGAACUUUUCAAUCAGCAUUUACUUCUUUUAAAGCAAUUGACCGCCGACGGUAGGCAGUUGAAAAAUGUUUUAAGUGGGUUACCAUGGCUACCUCGCGUACUUGAUCGUACUAAUACGUACCCAGACUUUAUGCCCUGGUACUAUGGUGAUACAGUGUGUUGUCCAAACACAAUGUUGCCCGAUUCGUGGUCCCUUUUGGUUGGUGCAACGGUUCCUAUUUUUAAGGAGCGACUCGUUUCAAGUGAAGUUAGAGAUCUCGUGGGUGUUCACACAAAAGUUCAACAAAGUUUAUGGAAUAAUAUUUUCCAGCAAUUAAAAAUUGCAGUCCAUUCUUGGUUUAAUGAGGAAACAACCCCAGUUGAAGUCGCCAACUUUCAAGAAAUGAUUAAAAAUAUUUACUUAGUCAUCUCAAAGUUAUCCACGGAUAUGGUGGCGAAGUUCUUGAAAAACCAUUCUCUUGUACAGUGGGUGUGGCAUGGAAAUGGCUUUACAGCACCAGAAAAUGUAGCAUUUGAAUCGCCCUUCCCCAAGAAUAUCGAUCUUCAUCCUUACUUGUUCUGCCUUCCUAGAGAUUUAUUUGUUGUGAAAGACUUCUUAGUUUCCCAUGGAGCAAAGCUCAGUUUUGACGUUAAGGAUUUGCUCAAUUGGAUGCAAAAUAUCAAGAAGAGACAUGACAGCUCUGAAAAUGUACCGCAUGAUGAGGUGAUGCACGACUUAGAUCAAUGUCGUGGUGUAUUGGAAUGGAUAGUUAGAAGCAAAGUUGAAUUAUCAGAGGAUCUACGUAGGAAACUUCUUAUUCCUGUUCAGACAAAGCCUGACAAAUUAAAGCUUGAACCGUGUCAUACAUGCACUUACUGCGACCGUGAGUUCUUAAGACGAGGUGUCUCCGAAUAUCAAUUUUCUAUUAAAUCUCACUUGAUUCAUAAAGCUAUCCCCGAGGAUUUGGCACGUCGUCUCAAAGUUCCACGUCUGUCUAAUUGCCUUGCUGGAGCGAAAGCAAUUGGUAUAAAUUUUGUGGAAGCUGGUCAGUACGAACCGCUGACUACACGUUUACGAAAUAUCCUACAGCAGUAUAAAGAAGGUGUCGCCAUUUUCAAAGAACUUAUACAAAAUGCAGAUGAUGCUCGAGCGACGAAGGUUUACUUUGUUAUCGACUGGCGAAAUAAUUCUUGUGAGACUUUACUUUCAGAUCAACUAUCACCUUGCCAAGGUCCUGCUUUGUAUGCUUAUAAUGAUGCCAUGUUUUCGGAUGAAGAUUUUGGCAACAUAAAUAAACUUGCUGGUGAAACAAAGAAAGAAGAUUUGGAGAAAGUCGGUCGUUUUGGUUUAGGCUUUAACUCUGUUUAUCAUCUUACUGACGUUCCGAGUUUUGUUAGUGGCGAAAAUCUUGUUAUUUUUGAUCCAAAUAUGACUCAUAUUUCCGACUUGAUUGACAGAAAUUCAAGACAAGGAGGAUUGAUGUUGAGUUUUGCUGACAACAGUCAUGUUUUAUCUGCGUUUCCUGAUCAAUUCUUACCUUACCAUCAACUCUUUGGCUGUGACAUGAGCGGUGACGAUGCAUUUUAUUUUCCUGGAACGUUGUUCCGUUUUCCAUUUCGCACCGAGUUGCAGGCCCGAACGAGUGGCAUUUCAAAAGAACCUUAUACCCCAGAGAACAUUAAAAACCUCGUCAAAUCAUUGACAAAGGCCUCCUCAACGCUUUUACUCUUCUCUCAAAACGUUAAGGAAGUUCGGGUGUUUGAAAUACAAAAAAAUUCCAAUCCAAAGUUAUCUUUAACUCAUCCAUUAAUCACAGUUACAAAGACAAUUGAGAAAACGUUGUUUUCAAAUUUGAAGAAAGGGGAAUCAAUGUUGAAAAGUUCGUCAGAUUGGUUUCGUCAAAACAGAUUAAAACGAAAACUUCCAAAGGAGGGUCCAAGGUGCACCAUGCUCAUCAAUAUUAAUGUUUGCUUUGUAAAAGCUGAUUUAAACGAUGUAUCAAACCCAUGUCAAAUGUCUGAAAAAUGGCUUGUCAAUUCCUGCACUGGCUGUAGAUUGUCAUUUCAAGUUGCACGAAGUGAUGAAGGUGUUAGAAACGGUGUAGUUCCAGUCACAGGAGUUGCUACAAAAAUAGAUCUCUUGAAUCGUAACGAUGUUAAGAUUCAGUCUGUACCUGGGGAAGUGUAUUGCUUUAUGCCAUUGUCUAUAGAGUCUGGUCUUCCAGUUCACGUCAACGGUUCGUUUUCUGUUUAUUCCAAUCGCCGACGAUUGUGGGAGGAAGGUGUUGGUGAACAUCAGUUGUUCAAACCUUUUGAAGCAAAAUGGAACGAAGCGUUGAUGGAAGAUUCGUUAGUACAAGCUUAUUUUGAUUUACUACUGAUGCUUCAGUCUUACAAUGCAAAACAAUAUGAAUUUCAUUGCUUAUGGCCAAAUCCAACGAAAGUGCACCACCCCCGAGCCUGGAGGCCAUUUCUUGAUUCUUUUUUUAACAGUAUAAUUGACGAAGAGGUAAAGGUAUUCAAAUGUAGGGGAAAGUGGACAAAACUUCAAGAUUGUCUCAUUCUUGAUCCAAAACUGAGCAAGCAGAAAGAAAGUGUCGCCAUCAUGAAUCAUUUAGGUGAAAAUGUUUUAUCGAUUCCUCCGAAUUUCAUGGAAGCUUUUCAAAGUUGUGGAAAGGGAGAAUUUAUCAAUAACCAUUUGUUAACAGAAGAUAAAUUCUUGAAGGAAUAUUUUUUCCCUAACGCAUCGCGUAUUUCAGCAGAUUUGAGAAGUUCCGUUCUCGUUCAUAUUCUUACACGUCGACUGAAAAAACAUCGCGAUUAUGAUGAUCUUUUGAAAACUGUUCCCUGCUUCAGUUGUUCCAAGGAUGGCAUGAUUCUUCGUACAUCGAAUGAGCUUGUUCAUCCCAAAGGAAAAGCUGCCUGUCUGUUUUAUGAACAUGAUAAACGAUUUCCGUUGGACGAUCGACUUCUGGAGAAGGAGCUAGCCAUGAUGUUGGAAGAACUUGGUAUGAUUGUCGAUUUUUUGCCUUGGAGCAGUUUGUGUGAGAGAGCAAAAUCAAUCUCUGAUCAGCGUGAUAUUGUUAAAAUAAAUCUGAUGAUUAAGUUUAUGAAUGAUAUGCCAUCAGAUGCCUUCAUUUCAGAAGAAGGUGUAAAAAUUCUACGCGAAACUCCUUUUCUCCCAAUUCUUUCAAAGCCAAGCGAUUAUCCGUUCUCGUGGAAAUUUGAUCAUUGCCGUGGAAUGCAGUUUGCUGAUGCUAAUUCUCUUCAUUUGGAAAAGUUUAAGUAUCUUGUUGGCACCAAAUUUCUUAUUUUAGAUGAGUCGUCAAAAAGUGUAUGCGCGCCAAAUCUGUCUUUGAAAAAGAUUCUCCGAGUUUCAUCGAAAAAGCCAAAAAUUUCUGAUGUUAUUGAGCAACUUGAUAGGAUAAUUGUGUCAACGAUCCAUCUCGCUGAUGAACAAAAAGAAAAAUUAUGUUUUACAAUCUAUGAGUAUUUUCAGAGUGUAGUCAUUACUAAGAAUGUAAGCCAAGAUCAAAUUUGGCUUCGCGAGCAAUUAGAAUCUAGAUCUUGGCUUUUCGUUAAAGGACAACUGGUGAAUGCUGCACAGGUUGCACAAGACUGGAAUAAGAAGACUUUAUAA